AUGGUCAAGAAGUCCAUCGACGCCAAGGUGCGUCCGCUCUCCAACACAAGUCUCGAGAGAGCCAGCCUUCUCGGCGCGGCCCGCAUUUAUGUGAGCAAAGACUCGCUCAUCUCGCUCACGGGGAACCUGGACAAUGGGAAACUAUGCAUUGCCGAGAGGUUAGAGACGGAGGAGCCUCUUAGACGAGAGGCCGCUCUCUGGGUGUUGCCAGAGAAGAAUCUCAGUCCGAAUGUCGUGAUGAUGACUCGGGCAUUCCAAGAUGCCACUGGCUUCAAGAUUGGAGACCAGGUUCGCAUAUCUCUAGCCAGUGACACUGCAACGCCAGUCAUUGAGGACGUUGUUGUGCAGGAGGCGGGCGAUCCAGGACAGGAUGAUGGUUCCGAGGCCUACCACCCCCCUGGCUGGGAGUUUUCGAUCAGUAUCUCGCUAGACCGUGCUGAGUUCAUUUUCCCUGGCAUGGUGCUGGAGGGAGUUACCAUCAAUAAACUUCGCCGGUCGUUCAAGGUUCUAUCUGUGAACUCGCAAAAAGAAAACCUGGGUAAGUUCGUUCUCAGUAGCAGCAAUGUACGACUUCUCGCACCCGGAGAUUCGGAAGACACGGGCGCAGCAGCUCUCGCUACUGAGCCCGCAGGCGAUUUGGUCGUCAGCCAAGUCCCGGGUUUGGCGAAACAAGUCAAGAUUAUCAAUGCCUUCCUGAGGGGAUUCGGACGCCCUUUCUGGGUCAAAGAUGAGCGCGAAUCCAGUGCCUUCGUAAUUCACGGUGGCCACGGCACAGGCAAGACCUUCAUCAUGCAGCGCAUCGCCGACACCAACUGGGGGAAGGUUCACUGGAUCAAGCCCUCGGACAAACUGGUUGCCAUCAAGGAUACUUUCAAGCAGGCCCAGGCGCAGCAGCCGAGUAUUGUGCUGAUAGAUGCCCUCGAGGAACUCAUUUCAAAGGACCGGCAAAACAGGGAGGCCGUCGUCGAGGCAAUCGCCGAGGAGCUGGAUGCUCUUUCGGCCACCGCCAAGGCACAGAAUGCGCUCCCUCGGGUGGUGGUCAUUGCUUCUUGUCUCGACUACAUGACCGACGUCCCACCAAAGCUGCAGAAGAGGAGUCGUUUCCGAGAGAACAUUGCUCUCCCCAUCCCGAGAGCCACAGAGCGUCUGGAGAUUCUAAACUUCUUCGACCCUCCUAUCCGCCCCGAAGAUAAGGAGUCAUCCCUAUCCAGCCUGGCCCAGAAGACACACGCGUACAACGGAGACGACCUGGCCAACCUCGUCCUCAAUGCAAAGAAGAUUCUCGGUAACCGACUUGACGAUGCUGGUGUUGACCCUGAGAAUGCCGGGCCGCAGUAUCUCACAAGCGACGACAUGGAACAGGCUUUACGCAUCACACGCCCGACAGCCAUGCAUGAUAUCAACCUUAAGCCUCCCACGAUUCACUGGCAAGAUGUUGGUGGCCAGGAGAACCUGAAGAAGGUCCUAACUCGCAUGAUCAAGAACACCAAGAAUACCAAUCCUGCGAGCCGGCACGUCCUUCGCCACCCACCCAAAGGCCUGCUCCUCUACGGGCCCCCAGGAUGCUCCAAGACUCUGUCAGCCCAGGCCAUGGCCACGGAAUCCUCCUUCAACUUCUUCGCGGUCAAGGGCGCCGAGCUGCUCAACAUGUACGUGGGGGAAUCCGAACGAGCGGUCCGCACCCUGUUCGAGCGCGCCCGCGCCGCCUCCCCCUCCAUCAUCUUCUUCGACGAGAUCGACUCCAUCGGCGGCCAGCGCAGCGGCACCGGGGGCGGAGCCUCCGCGUCGAGGAGCAACGGCUCCGUCAACAUGCUCACCACGCUCCUCACCGAGAUGGACGGCUUCGAGUCCCUGACCGGCGUCCUGGUCCUCGCCGCCACCAACCGGCCAUCCGCCAUCGACCCCGCGCUCAUGCGCCCGGGGCGUUUCGACCAGGUCCUCUACGUCGGACCCCCCGAUCAGCCUGCCCGCGAGGCCGUGUUCAACGUGCACCUGAAGGGCCUCGCCCUCGCCUCCGAUGUUGAUGUCCAAGCCCUUGCCGCCAAGGCCGACGGCUACUCGGGUGCCGAGAUCAAGGCGAUUUGCAACGAGGCUGGCCUGGCAGUGCUGGAUAGGUACGACGAGGACGAGACCGGCACCGAGAAGCUGGAGAUUCAGAUGGCGGAUUUGGUAGCGGCUUUGGAGAGGACGCCUCGCAACAUCACGCGGGAGAUGAUUGAGACGUACGAGGAGUGGUCACGACAGUUCAAGAAGACAUGA